AUGUCUCUGCCUACCCAAAGGGAGAUUUUAAAGCUCUAUAAAAAUCUUUUAAGAUACGGCGAACAGCUGAAAUAUACUGACAAAACUUAUUUCUUCAGACGCAUCAGAAAAGAAUUUAAAACCCACAAGAAUAUCACCGAUGAAGCUGAUGUAAAUUUCAAAUUUGAGAAGGGUAUUAUUCUACUCCUCAGACGAACAGUGCAAUAA